UGGUUGUUCGUCAAAAGGGAAAGAAAACUUGUUUCACCUCACCUGGAUACGGCAUGAACACGAGAACCUAAAGAAAACUUCCAUCAACAUUUUUGUCGAACAAAUCAUGAUUUUACGGAUUCUGCAGAUCUCAGGCAGCACCAAGUGAAUACAAAGGUGCAUGAAUGUGGCAGUCAUUCAAUAUCAAGACCGCUAACUCAAGUUGACAACCACGAUGAAGAAGGGGGCGAUGCAGAAGAGCAAGCAGUGGAACGUGAAGGGAGCCGUGCGGCUGGCAGGUGUCUUUCACUUCCUCCAUUCCUGUGGCUCCGGAUGCCUUCUUCCCUUCCUGACCCUCUACUUCCGGCAUCUGGGCCUCAGCGCCGCCAUGAUUGGAAUCAUCAUGGCAUCCAAGCACCUGCUGGCCUUGUUGUGGCGCCCGUUCUCCAGUGUUCUUGCCAGGCAGUAUGACAAACGGCGUACAGUCAUAGUGGGCUCCUUGCUCAGCUCGGCACUGGUGGUUUUGCCUCUUCUGCUCUUCCCGUCUGCAGGGAUCCCAGCCGAAAGUGGACGGUGUAACACCAGUCAACCUGAUGCUGAUCCUACCUCACCGCUCUCCAUCCUAGAGCAAAUGACAGUCCCAGUAGACUCAAAUGCAACUGUGUACUCAGUAAACCAAACAUCUGUAAGCACCGAACAAACUCUGGAAGAUAACACACUUGUAAACCACAGCAGGUCAGCAAGAGGCUUGAGAUCUUUAAAGAAGGAAGAAGAACCUCACAGUGAAUUUUUGGGGAGCCUGAAAGUUAUGGAUGCCCAGCAUCAGAUGUUCUUUCUGGUGCUCAUUGUGACUGCCUUGUGGGAGUUAGUUGCCGUCCCGCUGGAAUGGACGGCGGAUGAUGGACUCUAUGAAUACUUGGAUUUCGUAGAUGCCACUGACCGCUAUGGUGGUGUGAAGGUCUGGAAGCAUAUUGGGGCUGCUUUUGGCAGCUGUCUGGUUGGUGUUCUUGUGACCAACUUGUUCUGCCGGAUUGGAAGUACGGUGGAGUUUUAUUCGUACACAGUACUCAUGAUCCUAACCAUACCAGCAGCCGCCCUGCUGCCAAUCUAUCUCCGAAAGCGUGAGCGCCCCACUAGUGGUGGCUUUAAGGCACUGCAGUUGGUGCAUGGGAAUCCACAGGCGAUACUUUGUGCAGUCACUGUUAUUUUGACAGGCAUGGUGACCUCAGCUGUGUCAGAUUUUUUCUUAUGGCUGAUGCAGGACUGUGGUGCCAUGGAAAUCCACAUGGGAAUCUGUUUAGCAUUGGCGCACUUAAGCCACACUGGCUUUUCGCCAAUUGCUGGCCAUCUAUCCCGAUUUCUAAAGUACCACGGUUGGAUGUUGGUAUUCGCUGUUGUUGGUUUAGCCAUGCAGUGCCUUUAUUAUUCCUUCUUAUGGAGCCCAUGGGCUGUAAUGCCAGCUCAACUGUUGGCAGGCGUCAGCACUGGUGCCCUCUGGUGGUCCGUAGCAUCACAAAGUGAAGAUAUUGCCACUCCUGGCACCGAAAAGACUAUUUUAAGGCUUUUUGAGGCCUUAUCUUUUGACGUAGGAGCUGCGUUCGGCAGUCUGACAGCAGGGUUUGUGGUGCAAAAGUUUGGAGUCAAUGUGCUUUUCCAAGGUGCAGCGGUCAUGCUGGCUGUGUGGAGUAGUGCUCUCGCUGUACUGAAGUGGAAGAUCCCUCGACAGCGCCGGAUAAACUACUCACGACUGCUGGCUGCGGACACUGAAGUGAGCGAGUCGGAGUCUGACCAGGAGAAAGACUGGCUGGAGACGGCAAUGGAAGAUGCCGGAAGCAAUAACAAGUGGACAGUGAAUAAGUCUUAAUAGAAGUGAAGAGUGGCUUGUUAACUGCUUUAGAGGGCAAAUUAAAGCUGCAAGAGAAAUACUACACUGAAACGUUGCCAAUGUUUCUUACUCAGUAUUUUUUUGUCUGAUCAUCUAUAUAAACGUUCUUCAAUUAAAAUGCUAAAUUGAAGGACUUGAAGGGAUAGUUAACCCAAAAAUGUCAAUUCUGUCAUCGCCCUUCACUAGUCAUGAACCUGUUUGAGUUUCUUUCUUUUCUUUGAUAUUGUUUGGCCAUUGACUUCCUUAGUAUUUGCUUUUUGUGUUCAACAGAAAAAAGAAACCCAUAUCAGUUUGGAACCACUGAGGAGUCAGUAAAAGAUUAUAAUAAUUUCAUUGUUGGGUGAACUAUCCCUUUAAGUUUUUGUAAUAUGCCUCAAAAUUAAGUUGCUUAUAAUGAAAAUUCAUUAGUCAAUGGGGUUAGAAAAAAUGUCAAAAACAAAAAUCUCACCCUUAACAUCUGGUUGGUGUUCUUGUAAACAACCUUUUCUGCUGAAUUGGAAGUGCGGUGGAGUUUAAUUCAUACACCGUACUCAUGAUCCUAACCAUACAAUCUAUCUCCAAAAUCGUGAGCGCCUCACUAGUUGUGGCUUUAAGGCACUGAGUUGGUGCAUGGGAAUCCACAGGCGAUACUUUGUGCAGUCACUGUUACUUUGAUAGCCAUGGUGAGCUCACCUGUGUCGGAUUUACUCUUAUAACUAGGCCCACACGGAAUCUGCGCACGCAGAAUUCCGUAGAUUUUAAGCCCAUCAUUAAUUCUGUUUAUUUACUUAAGUAAAUGUGUGUAAAUCUAUAUUUAUUCAGUUUUUAAAUUAAUUACAGUAAUAUUAUUGACAAAUAUGAAAAUGUUCAUCUUAUUUAUGUACAAUGCAGUUUGUAAAGGAAUAUUUUCUGUCUUUUAGUAUAUUAUAUGAGA